AUGGCACAACAUAAAAUGAAACAAAAGGCGACUCUUCCAAAGGGUGUCCAGAAAAAACAGAAAAAGGUCAAGAAAAACGAGGGGCCAAAAAAGGGCAAAUUUCUUCACAUCGCUCCCAAAAAAGCGCACAUUAUUGAGGCUGAGAAAGUUGCUGCUCAUGUUACCAAAGUGAUCAACGACAAAAACGAAGAAAUGGUGAAGGGUCGAGCUGACACAGCGGUUGGCAGAAAUAAAUGA